AUGAAAGAAGAACUCAUUUUCGAAACAGAUAACUUUACAAUAGACCUAGCUGAUUUGUCAACACCAAUGUAUCUAACUGAUGUGUACGUGAAUAGAACAAUUGAAGUGAAUGAAACGACAAACGAUUUAGUGUACUCAAAUCAAUUUGAAGACGAACCUUUCAUAGUAUUUUUAGUGAUACUAAAAUGUCUCAUAAUGCUAUUUAUAAUUUUAGCAGCGAUUUUUGGAAACUUGCUAGUGAUAGUGUCAGUGAUGAGACACAGAAAACUAAGAGUGAUUACGAACUAUUUUGUGGUGUCACUGGCCCUGGCUGAUAUGUUGGUAGCGAUUUGGGCAAUGUGUUUUAACUUCAGUGUUGAACUUACGAACGGGGAAUGGUUAUUUGGUUACUUUAUGUGUGAUGUUUGGAACUCGUUAGACGUGUACUUUUCAUCAGCGUCAAUACUCCAUUUGUGCUGCAUCAGUGUUGAUAGGUACUAUGCAAUUGUCCAGCCUUUGGAUUAUCCGUUGAUAAUGACGACGGCCAAGCUUGGGAUAAUGUUGGCCGUAGUAUGGAGCUGUCCAGCUUUGGUCUCAUUUUUACCAAUCUUUAUGGGUUGGUACACGACUGAAGCUCAUCUGAACUUUAGGAAGAGAUUCCCAAAUGUAUGCAGUUUUACUGUAAACAAAGUGUACGCUGUGGUGUCAAGUAGUGUUAGUUUUUGGAUUCCUGGAGUCAUCAUGCUAUACAUGUACUACAGGAUCUACAUGGAAGCUGAUCGUCAGGAAAGGAUGUUGUACAGGUGA